ACGACCGUAGGUGAUUGGGAGUCUUACUUUCCCUUCUCUCUUUUCCCCUUCCUCGAGUCCUACAUGAUAUUUAAUCAAUCCUGAGUGAUAAAUUGUAAAUCUGAACGACUACUAUCAGAUAAUUUAUAAAAAAAAAUAUGGACCGUCAAAACAGUUCGAACGAUAUCAGUGAUAUCAAUCGAGCCUUCUUACUCUGCAAGCAGCCAUCAGUUCACAAGAGUCGCACGAGCAAAGACGUUUGUAUAGCGCACGUCAGUCUUUCGCUCCUUAUUGAAAUUGUGCACUCAUUGGCGGAUUACUAUCGGUGCAUCAACCAAACCAUCAUAUCUUACGAUCUAAUACAAGCUUCAUCAUUUUCUUCCUAUAAUUCCUACAACGAGCCGCCGAGCAGAAGCUCUGUGAGAUUGACUUGUAGCGAAGGGAAGAGGCACAAGACCAAGGUGCGAAGGCGACAAAGGCCCGCCCCUAUAAUAAACUGGGACGUCGGAGUGUAUUAUGUAUUCUUGGGUGAAAUUAUCAAGGCCAGGACUGACGUGCUCCGUGCCAUGUCACUUUGCAGAGCCUCAAAGAGCAAGAGGAGAAGUGCGGAAGGUUGGCUGCUGAUCAUGAUCUGUGAACAAUCUAUAGUUAAACUCGCCAUGCCCUUAUUGCUUUUACCUAUAUGCGUUUGACUAGUAGUCGUCAUUACACACACUACUCUUAUAUCGCAAUAACAUGUAUAUAUGCUUUCCAUAUACACAAAAUACUACAGUCGGUCAUACAUG